AUGCCUGAGCGGUGCGGCGUGCGUAAACCAACGGGCCGAAGAAGCGGCGCCGGUGCCACGUUCUCCCUUCUCUCGCUGCUGACUGCAUUGCAUUCUGUAGCCUUUCUCUGUCUGUCUCUGUUGGGGGGAGUAGUGGUGGUGGGAGGAGACAUGCUGAACCGCCACGGCACGCGCCUGGACAUCGGGACGCCGGAGGACGUGGCGGAGCUCGAGGCGGCGGAGCGGGCGCUGCGGCAGGAAUACGGCAGGCCUCACUACGGCGGUGGGUCAUUUCUGGAGAGGGACCUCUACGAGCAACACCAGCGGCAGCAGCAGCAGCAGCACUACUACGGCCGCUGGACACAACAACAACAACAACAACAGCCGCCGCCGCCGCCGCCGCCGCCGCCGCGAGCGGGCGGUUCCGCGUCGCAGUUGCCUCCCCCCCACUGA